AUGCCGGCGAUUGGACCUGAGUGGUUGCAGCAGGAUGUGCUCUACAAGGAGAUAGAGGACAGGCGCCAGAAGGCCAAUGAAAUCGUCGACUUUUGCACUUGGAUUUACUUCCGGGACAGCAUCAGCGACUCUUUCGCUCUCUUCCGAGGGAUGAAGAGCUGGAUGCCGGACUCAUGGGUGCAGGCCGUCAGGGACAGGCAGACCUUAUACCUGAGCUGGAAAGAGCGACACUACAUGAUCGCCCAGACGCUCUUCGACGCGGCCUUGAAAAUGGGGGGCCUUCCGCUGAAGGCCCUUCAGAUGGUUAGCCUCAGGGCCGAUCUACCGGAGGGGUAUCGAGAAGUUUUUCGUGCCGCCCAAGAGUCUACAGACUUUCGCAGUCCAGCUGAUCAUGUGGAGGGCAUCUUGAAGUCACUUCAACCACGCCUCACCAAGGUGAGCCCCGAGCCCAUCAAGAGCGCCUCCAUCGCGCAAGUCCAUGCCGGUCUGUGGGUGGGGCGCCCUUGCGUAUUGAAGAUCCAACAUCCUCACAUUAAGGCCGUCUACAAGGCAGACCUUCAGAUCAUGGUUGAGUUGGCGGACAAGGUCAAUGCAGCUGAGGAGGGAGUCGGAGCUUCCGUGAUGCUUCGAGCGGUGGCAGCCAAGCUCGAGCCCAUGAUUGAUGAGGAAACAGACUUCAUGAAAGAGGCAGAGAACCAACGUCGUGCCAAGGCGAACUUCGUGGAAAACCAUUCCAUUAUUGUGGCCGAGGUAUUCCGCUCUGACCAGAUGUUUUUGCUCAUGGAGAAGCUUGAGGGCAUCACUGGCGCUGAGGCGGAAGCUAAGUGGGCUGUGGGGGAUGCGGUGGACGUUUUCGGGCCAGCUCAGAGGACGGUGUUGUACGAAGCCUACGCCGAGAUGCUCUUCAAACACCGGUUUGUUCAGGCCGAUGCGCAUCCAGGAAACUUCCUGGCCCUCCCGAGCGGCCAGGUCGGGCUGCUGGACUUUGGGCAAACGACCGAGAUCAGCCCGGAGACGCGUGAUCGCUUCCUGAGCUUUGCCAAGAAUGCUCCGCGCCAGCCCAUGGGUCCUGACGACCACGGGUCUUUGAUGUCCUUGAAGACGUGGCUGAGUGGUGUAGGUGUCGAGGUCGAGAACGGCCUUCAAGCGAAGCGAUUUGCGGAGAUCUUCUUCUAUGACGGGGACGGCACCAUAUUCGCGGAUGCUAAGAGCAUUGAUUCGGGAACAGUGGCGGUACUCAUUGUCAUCAUGUACCUUUCCCGCUUCGAGAACACAGCCUGGCGGGGACGAGUUUCUCGUGGGCUGGAAGGCCCAUGUCCAAGACCUAGUGAAGUCCUUGACGCAUGGCGCCGCACAGCUGAGCUUAUCUGA